CUUGAGAUAUCUACCCAGAAAUCGCAAAGAAUGGCAGAAGAGACAUCCGUGGAAGUAGCCCCAGCAGUGUCCCCAGCGGGGAAGAAGACCAAGGCCCCAAAAACCGCCAAGAAGCCUCGAGUGAAACCAACGCACCCAAAGACUUCUGAAAUGGUUAACAAUGCCAUUAAGGAUCUGAAGGAACGUGGUGGAUCAUCCCUGCAGGCCAUCAAGAAGUUCGUGGCAGCCAACUACAAGGUUGAUGCAGAGAAGUUGGCCCCAUUCAUCAGACGCUACCUGAAAUCCGCCGUGACAAGUGGAGCUCUGGUUCAGACAAAAGGAAAGGGAGCCUCGGGCUCAUUCAAGUUGGCUGGAGCAAAAGGCGAUAAGGCAGUAGCAAAGAAGCCCCGUGUGAAGAAAGCUUCUGGAGAGAAGAAAGUGAAGAAGGCUGCAUCACCCAAGAAGAAGGCAACUACUACAGCCAAGAAGGCAGUAGCAGCAAAGAAGCCAAGUGGUGAGAAGAAGAAGGCAGCUGCACCAAAGAAAGCUGCAGCAAAGAAGUCUGCUCCCAAACAAAAGUCCACAAAGGCAUCUACGAAAUCCACAGGAACAAAGCCAAAAGUUCCCAAGCCGAAGAAGGCUGGAUCACCGAAGAAAGCUGCACCAAAGAAGACAGCAGCCAAGAAGAAGUAACUUUCUUCAAAUCUCCUUUCAACUUCUCUUCCCACAUUGGGAAAAAAAACCUCACAAAAACAGCCCUUUUUAGGGCUAUCAAAUUUUUUUAUAAAGAGUUUUAACAAAUCUUGAUUCUUAAAAACACAAUUAAAUUAAUAUCUCUAAAA